GGUGAAAACGUCAUUUCCGGGAUGCAGUGGGGCGGAAGUUACUGAAACCUGCGGAAGGAACUUUCAGCAGCUGUUAAGCUUUUUAAUGUUUACAACGCAAAUAAAGCCUAGAAGGUUUGAUUAAAACUGUACCAGCUCUGUGCUAUGGCGAUCCUUUUCGCUGUGGUAGCUCGUGGAACCACCAUACUUGCCAAACAUGCCUGGUGUGGAGGAAACUUUCUUGAGGUGACGGAGCAAGUUUUGGCGAGGAUUCCAUCUGAAAACAACAAAUUAACCUACUCACAUGGCAGCUAUCUCUUCCACUACAUCUGUCAUGACCGAAUUAUCUAUUUAUGCAUCACAGAUGACGACUUUGAGAGGUCACGUGCAUUCAGUUUCCUUAAUGAAGUCAAGAAACGUUUCCAGACCACCUACGGCUCUCGAGCUCAGACGGCUUUACCCUAUGCCAUGAACAGCGAGUUCUCCAGCACUCUUGCUGCACAAAUGAAACACCACUCAGAUCCAAGAGGCUCAGAUCGGUUGACAGAGACACAGAUGCAGGUGGAUGAUUUGAAAGGCAUUAUGGUCCGGAAUAUUGAUCUCGUGGCACAGAGAGGAGAGAAGCUGGAACUUCUCAUUGACAAGACUGAGAACUUGGUGGACUCGUCCGUCACCUUCAAAACAACGAGUCGCCACCUAGCUCGCGCCAUGUGCAUGAAGAACCUGAAACUGAUGAUCAUCAUCAUAAUCAUAGCACUUGUGGUCCUGUUCAUCAUAGUAACAGCAGCAUGUGGAGGUGUGACUUGGCCCAACUGCCGGAGCAACUAGGAAGCAAAGCUGGAGCUUCACCCUUCACUCUGACUGACCUGGAAGGGAAAUAACUCACUCACUCAAGACCAUUACGCCAUCUCUACAUUUAUCAGGUGUUCCUGAUCGGUCUUCUGUAUAGCCUGGCUUUCUCAGCUGCAGGCUUCUUAACAACGACUGCGUAGCUUUACACACACAGGACUCCGAAGAGCCUGAAAAUUAAACACACCCUUUCCAAAUCCUCCAUCUUACUCCAAGAUUCCCUGAGUGUUCCGAUCGAUUCAGCGAAUGUUCGUGAGUGUGAUUCCUCACUGGAACAGUUACUUUUAUCCCAUGUUGUGAAGCCGUUAUGUUGGUGAACAUGUAUGUCACGUUCUAACAUGACAUCUUUGUUAGCAAGGCACAUUUUUAUGCACACUCAUUUGUGCAAAAUCAACACAGUGUGUGUGAGGUGAACAGUUGAUUUUCAGCGCACCACACACAAGCUCAUUAAUCAAAACUUACUGUUAGUACUACUCAGCAGCCUAAUGUGUAGAACAUUGUUCAAAAUUCAUCUUGCAUAAUAAAAAUAAAUGAUGUUUGGUAUAUUAUGUAUGUGUAGAUGACAAUUAAUACACUGUAUUAUGAUCACUAUGAUAAAUGGAGUGAUUGAAAUAUUGAAAUUCCACUUGUAUCUAUGGUAUUAGUGUUAAUAUUUGAAAAAAAAAGUGAGAAAACCAAACAACAAUAAUCAGUAUCAGUGUGCAUCAGAGAGUGUGUGACGCGCACAGAUACAGGUUUACAGUUCAUCCCUCUUACGAGAUAAAUAACCAAUAAUAGCCAAUGCACGGUUCUAACAUGGUUAGAUGGUAUAAGUGCCACUUGUUCAUGUUUUUAAAGAGCAAAUUAUAAUCCGAAAACACAGACUUUUAUUCACUUAUACAGUUAAUGUGUGCAGGUCCUUAUAUACUGUACAGCCCAUGUGUACAUAGACAUCUAUUCCAUAUAGACUUCAUUCAUCUAUAGUAAUGCUGGCUUAAUGAUUCCUCUAAACUGAGUUUAUCAAAACUUUAGCCCAGAGUAUAUACUUUCCCUUUGCUCAAACAUGAUCUACAGAUUGUGUAAUAACCUGCUUUAUAUUUUUAUUUCUGAUAAAAAUGAUGUACAUUAUAACAGUAAUUACACUGCACUUCAGUUCAGAUGAGUGUUUCCCACAGUUCUAUUAUAUACAUGCCUCGACUCAUAUUGAGCUCAACUGCAGAUGUACAGUUAGUAUACGAGAGUAGUAUUUCAUAAGAGGGAUGAAGAACUAGUAUGCACUGGUGAGUGUGAGAUUUUCAGUCUCCCUGGUUGAUUGUUACAUAUGUGUCAACUGAUUAUUUUUCACCCACAAUGCACUUUUUUUGUUUGCUUUUUGCCAUAAUGUAAUUAUUAAUUUGCCAAGAAUCAUGUAAUUAUUUAAUUAUUCAUCAAAUUUAGAAUAAAAGUCUAUCUCAAA